CAAGCAAACUCACACAAAAACAAACAAAAGCCCUUUUCAAGUAUUUCGAAUUUUCUCUGGAAAAUGUCGGGGCGAGGAAAGGGAGGCAAGGGAUUAGGAAAGGGAGGAGCAAAGAGGCAUCGGAAAGUGCUCCGGGAUAACAUUCAGGGCAUUACGAAGCCGGCGAUCAGAAGGUUGGCUCGUAGGGGUGGGGUGAAGAGAAUCAGCGGGUUGAUCUACGAGGAGACGCGCGGCGUUCUCAAGAUCUUUCUGGAAAAUGUGAUCCGGGAUGCGGUGACCUACACGGAGCACGCUAGGCGGAAGACUGUCACGGCGAUGGAUGUCGUUUACGCUCUCAAGAGGCAGGGCAGGACUCUUUACGGCUUCGGUGGUUAGGAAUUUAUUCACUUGGUUCUGUAAAUCUCUCGCCUUUGUUUAGCUAUUUUUGUAGUUCAAUUUUGACUAUUAGAAUGCCCUUCCCCUUUUUAUCUUUACUGAAAUUUGAUCCCAAAGUUUCAUGU